UUUCCAGGGCUGCAUCGCAAGAAAACACUGGACAGGCCAUGCUGCAGCUGCUCUGUCCAGCAGCUGCAUGGUAGUUCCUGCAGGGCUGGAAGCUGGAAUACCCCACCUCCUGCUUCAACCCUCUGGCUCUUCCUGGCUCUGCAAGGACUUCCCAAAUGUAAGACGAUGAAGCAGUAGAGAUGCUUCCCUUCCUGUUUGCCACCUUUGGCUCGGCAGGAGCCACCUGCAAAUCCUGUAACAAUGGCACCCAGGAUUACUGCUACAGUGCCCGCAUCCGCAGUACGGUGCUGCAGGGGCUGCCCUUUGGUGGUGUGCCUACCGUUCUCGCCCUUGACUUCAUGUGCUUCCUUGCAUUGUUGUUUGUCUUUUCAAUCUUGCGUAAAGUGGCAUGGGACUAUGGACGCCUGGCCCUGGUGACUGAUGCUGACAGGCGGCGGGACUGGCAGACAGAGCGAGAGGAGCGGGAAUACGUGGCCUCUGCUCUGCACUCUGACAACCACGACCGCUAUGAGCGCCUCACUUCCGUCUCCAGCUCCGUGGACUUCGACCAGAGGGACAAUGGAUUCUGCUCCUGGCUGACAGCCAUCUUCAGGAUAAAGGACGAUGAGAUCCGGGAUAAGUGUGGGGGCGAUGCAGUCCAUUACCUUUCCUUCCAGCGGCACAUCAUAGGGCUGCUAGUGGCUGUGGGCGUGCUUUCUGUGGGCAUUGUGCUACCUGUGAACUUCUCAGGGGACUUGCUAGAGAACAAUGCCUACAGCUUUGGGAGAACAACUAUUGCUAACCUGAAUUCCCGGACUCACCUGCUGUGGCUGCACACAACCUUUGCCUUCCUGUACCUGCUGCUGACAGUGUACAGCAUGCGCCGGCACACCUCCAAGAUGCGCUACAAGGAGGAUGACUUGGUGAAGCGAACUCUCUUCGUCAAUGGCAUCUCAAAAUAUGCUGAGCCAGAGAAGAUCAAGAAGCAUUUUGAGGAGGCUUAUGCCAACUGUACCGUGCUGGAGGCGCGCCCUUGUUAUGAUGUGGCCAGGCUCAUGUUUUUGGAUGCAGAGAGGAAGAAAGCUGAACGUGGGAAGAUCUAUUUCACCAACCUGCAGAGCAAGGAGAACACCCCAGCAAUGAUUAACCCCAAGCCCUGUGGCCACCUGUGCUGCUGUGUCAUCAAGGGCUGUGAAGAGGUGGAGGCCAUAGAGUAUUACACCAAGCUAGAGGAGAAGCUUAAGGAUGAUUACAAGCGGGAGAAGGAAAAGGUGAAUGAGAAGCCUCUGGGGAUGGCCUUUGUCACCUUCCACAAUGAGACCAUCACAGCCAUAAUCCUUAAAGACUUCAACGUGUGCAAGUGCCAGGGCUGCAUGUGCCGUGGGGAGCCUCGGGCCUCCUCCUGCAGUGAGUCCCUCCACGUCUCCAACUGGACCGUUAGCUAUGCCCCCGACCCACAGAACAUUUACUGGGAGCACCUUUCCAUCCGGGGUUUCAUCUGGUGGAUUCGCUGCCUGGUUAUCAAUGUGGUGCUCUUCAUCCUCCUCUUCUUCCUCACUACGCCUGCCAUCAUCAUCACUACGAUGGACAAAUUCAAUGUCACCAAGCCUGUUGAGUACCUGAAUAACCCCAUCAUCACCCAGUUCUUCCCCACCCUUCUGCUGUGGUGCUUCUCUGCUCUGCUGCCAACUAUCGUGUAUUACUCUGCCUUCUUCGAAGCCCAUUGGACCAGGUCUGGAGAGAACAGGACUACCAUGCACAAGUGCUACACCUUCCUCAUCUUCAUGGUCUUGCUACUGCCUUCCCUGGGCCUGAGCAGUUUGGAUCUGUUUUUCCGCUGGCUGUUUGACAAAAAAUUCCUGGCAGAUGCUGCUGUGCGGUUUGAGUGUGUGUUCCUGCCAGAUAAUGGGGCCUUCUUUGUGAACUAUGUCAUCGCCUCUGCCUUCAUCGGGAAUGCCAUGGACCUGCUGCGUAUCCCCGGUCUGCUCAUGUACAUGAUCCGCCUGUGCCUGGCCCGCUCAGCAGCUGAGCGGAGAAACGUCAAGCGGCACCAGGCCUACGAGUUCCAAUUUGGUGCUGCCUACGCCUGGAUGAUGUGUGUCUUCACUGUGGUCAUGACCUACAGCAUCACCUGCCCCAUCAUCGUCCCCUUUGGGCUGAUGUACAUGCUUCUCAAGCACCUGGUUGACAGGUACAACCUGUACUAUGCUUACCUGCCAGCCAAGCUGGACAAGAAGAUCCACUCAGGGGCUGUGAACCAGGUGGUGGCUGCACCCAUCCUCUGUCUCUUCUGGCUCCUCUUCUUCUCCACCAUGCGCACAGGGUUCCUGGCCCCCACGUCCAUGUUCACCUUUGUGGUUCUCGUGAUCACCAUCGUGAUCUGCCUGUGUCAUGUCUGCUUCGGGCAUUUCAAAUACCUCAGCGCUCACAACUACAAGAUUGACCACACGGAGGCAGACACCAUGGAUGGGGGAGAGAACGGGCGACCAGCCGCCAACCCACCAGCUCCCAAAUCUGCUCAGAAGUACAUUGCCCAGGUGCUGCAGGACCCCUCGCCCAAGAGCGACGUGGCGGAGUGCGAGGAACAGGGGUCCCAGGAUGAGGAACUCAUCAACCCUGACGGCAUGAACGACACGGAUUUCCAGUCGUGCGAGGACAGCCUGAUAGAGAAUGAGAUCCACCAAUAGGACCGCGGAGGGUGGGAGGGGCAGGAAAGGACCAGGAGCCGAGGAAGCUGCUGCGCACAGAGAGGGAGAUAGUGAACUGAAUGGAGUGAGGAGCAUCGCAAGGAGGAUGCCAGCCUCUUCCCCCUCUACCUGCCCACCUGGGCCACUGCACGAAUGCUCGCUCAGAGGGGGAAGCGACCCAUACUUCAGACUCUCCAUUCCAUGCCCUGCCUCCCCCACCCUAUCCCAGUCCCUCUUGUUCGCUGCUGGAUGAGAGGGGACCUGCUCUUACUAGUUACCAUCUUUAACACUUAUCAAGACCAUGAGACCCCGGGAAUAGGGUGGGGAAGGAAGAGGACUCUGACCCCCGCUGUCUUCUGUCCCUUGGGGCAAGAAGACACAGGGGCAGCAAAAGCCUGGAUGCUUGGUGGGGGCAAGUGUUGGGGGUGGGGCAGGGGGAGGGCAUCUCCAGUCUCCUGUGGGGACUCAGGGAAGGGACCCUUCCCUCUGUCCUCUGUCCAGAAUCACAAACACUAAUAAUUUAUUAGAUAUCAAGACACAAAAAAAAGCUUUAAUCAUGAUAUUUAAACUCUAGUGGGUGGCAGGCAGCUGUGAGCCUAGCAGGCGGCACAGUGUCCUGGCCGCAACAGAUGCAGUAUCCUUGUGGGGAGCUGCCCUCUGCCCCUGUAUCUGUGUCUCACAUGUAUGUUUCGCCUCCCCGGCCCAGGGACGGCUGUGCGGGCCCACAAGGAACCCUCCAGAAUAACUUGGGGCCAGGCCCCAGCAGGUAACAGAGCACAUGGUACAACUGGUCCUCCCUGCACAGUCAGCCCUGAGGUGGUGUGACCAUUACAGUUGCGGUGGGGAGGAGGAGCGGAUGUCACCCAAUGAAAGCCACAUGGGCUCAGCGGUGGCUGGAGAGCAGGUCUGAGUGGUGAGGGAAGCAGGGAAGAGCCCCUCGCGGGGCGAGGGAGCACUGGGGGCUGGUAUGGGCGCCCAUGCCAGCCAGCCUGGAGCUGAAGAGUUGUAGGCAGCCCUCCCCCGGCAGGGCCGUGACGGGGGCUCACACUGGCGCAUGUGGCGUUGUUUUAAGUGGCAUUUUUUUUGCACAUUAUUAUUUCCCCCCCCACCCUCUCACCCUUUAAAAUAAAAAUUCCUGUCACC